ACCGGAAAAGGAGUGGGAGUCUUUACCAAGAUGGGGGGAGGUCGACUGUUGAGCUCCUUCUGGGGUCGUUCUUUAGGAGUUCUUAGGGCUGGGUGUCGAGUCGGACAAGCCCAGCGUCCUCGCUUAACUUCGUGGGCGGGUGAGUGGUGCGCGAGCGCGGAAGCGCGGAGGGCUGCCCUUGACUCCGGCGGCGCACUGUAACUUGCGGCUCGGUGCUGGUCCUCCGCGCUGCACACAGGACUGGGCUCCCCAGGCGCUUGCAGAGGCCGGGGAGGAGCUGCGGAGCGCUCGGGGUCCUGGCGCGCAGGGCACCGCCCACGGCGGCCGGAGGGAUCCUGCGACCUGUGGCUCAUUUUGGUAGAGCUCGUGCCCAGCAGCCGGCGACCCACGCUGAACGCUGUAGUCUGAAGGUCGUGCUACUUUUCUUUGCCAGGGCAAGACACACCAGCUGGUCUCUUGUAGUGAUUCAUAGCAUUGGUUCUGUAUUUUGUUUGCGUGUAUCUUGUCCUUUUUUCCAGAAAGAAUUUAAGGCAGCUCUACUACUUUUUGAGUAUUGAUUUAUGCAAAAGACUGUGGGUAUGUGGAUAUCAGCAGGAAAAUAACUACUUGUAACCCAUAUAACAAAUGCUGUAUGGCCUGGACUUCAACGGAUGUGUCUCCAGCCACAGUUGUAAUGUGCUCUCAUCUUCUGCACUGACUCCCGAGGGCCUAGUUUGUUCAAAUAGCCAGCUUAUUUGGACUUUACAAAGUAAACCAUGGGUUUUCGAUGAAUACAGAACCAUGUGGUUCAAAUCCUGUAGGAUGACCUUUCUCUCUUUGAAUAGAAUGAAAAGUUACUGGCAGCUGUGGACAAGACUGUACAGUACUUCACAGACCACUGUUGACAGCAAUGAGGUGAAAACCUUCCUGGCCAUGGCUCACAAGUGGUGGGAUGAGGAGGGAAUGUUUGCACCUCUCCACUCUAUGAAUGACCUGCGGGUGCCAUUUAUUAGAGACAAUCUUUUGAAAACAGUUGCUAAUCACCAUCCAGGAAAACCUUUGUCUGGGAUGAAGAUUCUUGAUGUUGGCUGUGGUGGUGGAUUAUUAACUGAACCUCUAGGGCGUCUAGGGGCUUCAGUUUUUGGAAUCGAUCCUGUGGAUGAAAACAUUAAAACAGCACAGCACCAUAAAGCAUUUGAUCCAGUCCUGGAUAAGAGGAUAGAGUACAGGGUAUGUUCUCUGGAAGAGAUCGUGGAAGAAACUGAAGAAACUUUUGAUGCCGUUAUAGCUUCUGAAGUUGUAGAACAUGUGGCUGAUCUGGAAACAUUUAUACAGUGCUGCCGUCAAGUGUUAAAACCUACUGGUUCUUUAUUCAUUACUACAAUCAACAAAACACAGCUGUCCUAUGCCUUGGGGAUUGUGUUUGCAGAGCAGAUUGCGGGCAUUGUGCCAAAAGGUACUCAUACAUGGGAGAAGUUUGUUUCACCUGAAAAGCUAGAGAGCAUUCUGGAAUCGAAUGGUCUGUCAGUUCAAACUGUGGCAGGAAUGCUUUACAACCCCUUCUCAGGUUACUGGCAUUGGAAUGAAAAUACCAGCCUUAACUACGCAGCCCAUGCUGUGAAAUCCAUGGUACCAGAUCACUCGGGGCCUGCUGAGGUUGUUUUUAAGGGGGAAACAGAAGAACCUCAAGCUGAGGUUUCCACCAUCCCAGGUGUGCAUGGAGAACUGAAGAAAUGAAUUGUUUCUGAAGACUGUAGUAAUAUAGUUUGAAAGUUGGAUCCUUAUAUUUUUAAAAAAUAUACAAUUUAUCUUUUGAGAAAAAAUCAUGAAGAAAAGGUUAAUAAAAAAAAUUAAAUCCGUGGACAAAAAUUUGUAUGGCAUCUAAUAGCUACUCGCAAGGGGAUUCUAUGGAUAAAAAAGUUUUAUGAAGGUGUAUGUGAUCUAGGAGUUCACACCUAGGAGUUCUUUGUCUUUGUUAUAUAAACAGGGAAUGCUAUUUCGUUUUUUUUUUUUCAAAGUUUAUUUAAGCAAAAGUGAAGAGUGGGGGAGAAACUGGCUCUGCAGAGCAAACUUAGGCCAAGUAAAUAGAAAAAGAGGGUAAGAACAGAGAUAAAAGUAUGUGCUGCAUCUGGAAAACACAGCGUGGGCUAUCAUGGAAAGCUACAGUAGCUGCAUAUUUCAUUUGAUCUUAUGGGUUGUCAGGUAAAAGGGCCAAAGACCAAGACCAGACCAGGCCACAACAAGCCUUUAUUAGGGGAAUAGAUCUGCCGGGCUGUCUCUGAACAAAGGAGAGACAAAAGCAAUAUGCCCGGGGCAGGGAGAGUCUUUUAUAG